GAGUCUGUAAAUUCUUUUUUUUUUUAAGAAUACGUUUUUCUUCACUGAUUUAUAGUUCUUUGUAUCUGUAGUAGUAGAAUAACACUAGUGUUUAAAUUUGCGUUGAAUUAACCGCGGGAACGUGCUGACAACGGAAGUUAUUUACGCGUGGCUGACGAACACUUAACCGGAAGACAUGGCAGCGAUUCAUUAGUUAUUCGGAGCGUUCAAGAGCAUCUCAGACACUCACAUUAUACACAUGAAGUCAACCGAAGAACACAUCAAUACAGCAUCGUAAACAAUCAGUGCACAUAGCAGUUUUAUAAACAGAAUUUCUUCGAAUUUGAGGUGUUGUACGGGAUUGGCUUGCAGAAGGCUGAUUAGUACAGUACCUCUGUGUGUCCUAAGGCACUUGUGUAGCAAGAACGUGCAGCUUGCUUAAUGAUUUCAUCUUUUCGUGGUAUUCAAAGGUAAGUAGAUAUUGUUCCUCUUUUUGAACCAAACUAGUUUCCCUUUGCCUGCUGUCCUCCUGAAGAGCUUUGCUCAGCGAAUCUGGCGGCCAAAAAAAUAUGCCGUCGAUCAGAACUUAAUCAGGGCCGAAAAACGAGGACGAAAUGUACCCGGAAAUGCGUAGUGUUCAGAAACAUACAGUCUGACCAAAUGUUGCUAACAAACUGAUUGCAUAGAGGGAGGGAGAGAGAGAAUAACUACAUUUUGCGCGUCAAUCUCGUGAUUCACCGAUAUAGAGACUCGAGCUGAGUUUCACUUUUUUCUAUCAGCUCAAUUCCAAGCUUCAUGGCACAAAAAGAAUUAAGGCAGUCGGUGUUAUCUUAAAUAAUAUAUUCUUGUCGUGUUCCGCAAUGCUUCAGAUACAAAGCGUCUCAUCAAUGUCAAUGCCACUAUAAACAAAUUACCGUGGUUGUGAUGUUUUGCCUGCAGUAACAAACUAGUUACUAAGAUUAUCAAACUAUUAUCUCCUGGAAGAACGUGUGUUUUCUUGCAACGUUUGUUUGCCCAAUAUGUGACCUUUCUAAUACCGCCUUGGGUGUGAAUUACUACAGUUGUUUACCUUUGAGAAAGACCGGAGUGUAAAUUGUCUUGUGCUGACAAUCAUCGCGUAUUAGCUUUGUAUUAUUCAUAUGAUCAAGCUUCUUCGAGUCGAUUACAAAGGCCUGAACGGCUAAUAUUUCAUAAAACCUAUCUAUCUCGCGAAACUUAAACUGAGUUGUUUUACCAGUCAUAUCAUGAACAAAACAGUUGUACAAGAUUCGUCUUUAAUUUUUUUUUUCUAUGAAAAGGUAACGUUUUACUGCAAACCGUCUGGAGAUCUAAAGCUUCAAAGGAUCGGAAGAAAGUUUCUUACAUGUACAGCAAAAAGCCGGGAAAAAGUUAUUGAAGCGGCUAAGAAACUGCGUGAUUUGAGUCUUGUUACAAACAUGCAUGUUUAUUUAUUAUUGUAAUUAUUUUCAGAUCAGUCAGUUUAAGUAAUAAUAACAAUAAUUAGAUAACAGUUCAUGCUUCAGUAGAUGAGUAAUGUUAUCAAAGGGGUCCUGUUUAAAAGAAAAAUGUAUAAUAUAAACUAAGAUAAGAUAAAAGAUAAAAAGGUAUAAAUAACUCUGUAGCCACAUCGAAGUACAUGAUCUGUACAUCAAUCCAUUCCGCAAGGUUUCCUCUAUGCCUAUAUCAGGGGUAUCGGUUAAGCAUUAAUACACUGGUGUUAAGCGAUGAACACACUGAUUAACUCAGUGCUAACAGAGACCAUAACAUCAGAUGGCUUUAGUAAUUAUGAUAUAUGACAACAAACAGGAACUUUCAAGCAUGCAAGGUGGACAGUGAGUGACGCAAGCUAUUCAGGAACAAAUUUUCUCGCCCAUAAUGCCAUGACACUUAAACAUCAUUUCGCAAUUGCGUUCCACACAAAAAGGGAGCUAUUUCUAGAAAUGGGAAGAACAUGUACAGAUUAACAGAAAGUGUUCUGUGAAACAGGUCACCAGGCCACCUUUAUUUCUGAACUGGAAGAAGGACAGGAACAGAGUUCAAAUCGCUGCAUUUAGAAGCAUAUUCACAAUAACCACAGAAGUUCCGUUUGACCUGCUGGUCAUACGCUUGCUCAUAACAUGAUAUCUACAAAUCUCGGAGCUGCCUUAAUUCUCUGUGUAAGUAUUUAACACUAAGUUUAAUUUCUCAUUUAACCGCAAGUAACACAAGCAAUAUUUUCGCUAGAACUCGAGCGUGGCGCACAAAGGAAGAGGUAAAAAUGCGCGAAAAUUCUGCGAAACGUUCCAGCCGUUUCUCACCGGGUUGACUCAAACGAAAGCCACAUUUCUACCAUACGUGCUGGGCAACUGAGUUUCUUAAACAGCGGCUUAGUUUUAAUUUGGUUCUGUAUUUUUACUGAGCUUUGCCAUUUGACAAUGUUUUAAUCUGGUUUCUUAUGCCGCAGCAUGUCUCUUCAGUCCCGAAGGAAAGACCUUUUGUUAUGUUUCUUUAACUGUUCCUUUCAUUUACAAACAUCAUUUUCCCUUUCCAUUCAGUUGGUUUUCAGUUUAUCAAGCCAGCAACAAGAGUUGGAUUUGAAGACAUUGAACGAUCGACUAAGGCAACAAUGCUUUAACGAUCGAAAAAACAACACCAAUGAUCCAAAUGAAAUUACGUGCAACAGAACUUAUGAUGUUGCUUGCUGGCCAGAAACUAAAGCUGGUGAUUCAUUCAUACAAGAUUGUCCUUUCCUGUUAUUUCGUUCCGGAGGUAAAAUCUCUCGACGAUGUGAUGAGCAAGGCAACUGGCAGGAGAUGAACAUCUCCAAUUGUCGCCGACUAUCACCAAAAGAAGCGGUUAAGAAAGGAAAACAAGAGGCAAACAUACCGUCUGAGGAAAAGCAUGACUCUGUCACUCAUUUGGAACGUGUUCAGCGUGUCUAUGUGGCCAUCAGUUGGAUCGCGUUUUUUGUCUUGCUGCCUUCCUUCAUAGUCAUAUGUAUCGUCAUAUGCCGUGAGAAUGAGCGCUUUACCAUUCACAAGAAUCUGAUCCUGACAUUUAUUCUACGCCACAUCACGUUAUUUAUUUACUACUAUGAAAACAUGGGAGAAAAAGACUUCAAAACGAGCGUUUGCAAUGCAUUUUGGUUGUUGAACCGCUACUUCACGGCUUCCGAGAUCACGUGGAUGCUCAAUGAAGGGAUCUUUCUACUGCGCAUGCUUGUGUACCCCUUCGAUAACGAGUCGUAUUUGUGGUACUACUUUCUCUUUGGCUGGGGUUUCUCUGGCGUCCUGACAUUCUGUGUCUACCUUCCUUACAUGCAGUUUAAGAUUGCUAGAGUCAGCGCAGGUUGCUGGGCUUGGGGUCAAUACAGUCACUCGAGCCACAUGCUAGUGUUGUAUGUUCCACUGACAAUCAUGUUAUUGAUCAACUUUGUAAUCGCAGCAUACGUCAUUCAAAUGCUCGCAAGAAAGCUCAAGAAUUCUUCUUCGACACAGAUGAAUAGAAUCAAAAAAAGCGCCAAAGCGAUAAUAAUUCUGAUCUCCCUUUUGGGGCUGAUAUACCUCCUGGUAUUCUACCUGCCGGGAGAUAACCCUUCCAGCGAGUAUUUUGUCGCUGUUGUUUAUCCACUUCAGGGAAUAAUGGUCUGUAUAUUUUGUGUGUUCCUGAGCUCGGAGUUUCGUGAAGCCCUCAAGAGACAUUGGAUGAAAUGGAGAUAUGGAAUAGAAAUAGAGACGAACCCAUACGCGACAGGUCGUGAUAAUGAGGCAGGACCUUCUGGUGAACAAGAGGGAACCUCCGCAACCAUGCUUAGAACAGAGUCCUCAGAGACAGUACCACCCAGAGCCCUCUCAAUAGCGUCCCUACGAGAUAAAUCAAGUGGCCAGUUGCCCAAGGACGCUUCUCACAGGAGGAACACUCAGAUGUCUCUUCUGUCUCGAUCAAGCGAUCUCACAAGAUUUCGCCUCGCGAAGAUUGAGCCUGAGCCCAUGGUUCCACUACGGGUACAGUCAGUGGGCCCAGGGGACUGGGUCCCACCGACGCUUCAAGCAGUCAAGGCCUGGGGAGUGAUCGAGUUGCCUAAGAAUUCAGAUGAACCGACUGCUAGCGAAGGGCAUGCAAAUGAAGGUUUCUCGGGUAGCCGUGCUUCGCUUGCCGGCCGCAAGAAUUCUCUUUAUUCCGCAAAGCCAGAGACGGAACCAGUGGAAUCCCAGACAACAUCUCUAGUAGAACCGGAAACAAAGACAGAAGACCGUGAAGAGUCUGGGAGAUCUGGAGAGCCAAACAACACUGCAAAAGAUGAUACGAGAGAGAAUUCCACACCACAACAAUUUGAAGACCAAUUUUCGCCGUUCUCGAGUCAACUGUUCGAGCACGAAGAUGAAGUAUAUAAAGAGUCUCCGAGCUCAAGUCCUGUGGCAAGUGUGGAACCUGUUACAUCUGGCGGUGAAACGCCGACAGCUACAGCAGGCUCGAGUUCAUCCCAAGAUGCCGAACCAUCGACAAGCGCUGAGGAUUCAAACGCUUCUUCUCAAGGAAAGGGAUUCUGGGACAAAGCACGACUAUUGGCGUCACAAAGACGAAGAUCUCGGAUAGAACACAACAAGGUGUUGUCCAACAACGACGGUAAGAUCAUCUGUGUCAGUGGCUUUAGUGGUCUGACACAAAUCAUUGAGUGUUAUCAAGAGUUUUUAACCAAUCCACCUUGGGCGGCAUUCAGGGUGAAAAAAAUCAUUGCAACGAAGGGAAUACCAACAAAGUCCACCAGCAAAAAGUUUAAGGGAUCGUACAACGGAAGGGCUUUGCUCGUGUUUACGUGUUUAUACACUCCUUAGUAGCUUCGACGCGGAAAUGUGUUAAAAAGCACCUUGGAAAUUCUUUUCUAAAGGCUUGGUUAAAGCGCAACAACCGCCGUUUUAGACAAGCAGCUGGCCUAUCGAGCGUUAGUGACCAGAAAAGUGACUAGCUGACGUCAACCCGUCCAGCUGUACAAAUUCGUUCCCAGUUUCCUCUCUCUUCCCCUCGAGCGAAGAAGUAAGAGGACCCUGGGAACGGGGUUGCCGUUUCUACACACGUGAGUGCGUGGU